GUUUACAAGCGGGAGGACAGCGCCGGUGGGAGAGGAAGAAGGUGACGCUGAAUUAUCGAAUGCUAACUUAGUUAUCGGCUGGGGAGGCUUAAAGAGACAACAACAUCAAGCCCUAGCUAGCGAGGGGAGAAGAUAUUAAAUCUCAUAAAUAUGUGAACAUGUUGAUGCAUCCACUUUGAAAAUACAGAUAUCCAACUAAACCGAACAGGACUCUACUGCAGUACCUCAUCAUUGUUGACACUGGCUCCACCAUUGCCUCUUCUGCCGUGGCACUGGAACAUGAAGAAUGUCUGCUGUAUUACCAAAGACUGACCAGAAGGAAGCAAUGAGGGGCUUUGGGGGAAGUUGCCAAGCUGCGUUGUGGAUCCAGUAGCUGGGAUUCCGAGUGCUUGUUGUGUAUGAGUGUGUGUUUGUGUGUGCGUGGGUGCAUGCUAGCACAACCUGCCCCCUUCAGGCAGGGACAUGCUACUCUGAUACUUGAGUUGGAGAAACUGAGAAGAAAGGAGUCGACCUCCAUAAACGAGGAGAAGGAAGAAGAGGAGAGCGCACGCAGUACAACAUUGCCAGAUAGAAAUACUGGGUGUUUUGGCUGCAGUUUAACCCAGUGGAAGUGGCUUUUAAUACACUGCACAUUUCUAUACAACACCUUUACUCUGUAUUUGUAUCGCCUCCCUCCCCUCUAAGAGUCCUUGUUGUUUUGGUGCCUCUGUGAUUUGCAUGGCCGGGGAGUAAUCGUGGAGAGGCCAGGGUAUCACAAGCUUAUGGAUUUUGACAAGAAGGUGGGUAAGGGAGAGACGGAGGAAGGGAAAAAUAUGUCUAAGGCGGCUGGCAGCAGGACUGUCCGGGGUACAGGGACCAACUCUGGGGUUCUUAUGGUUGGCCCAAACUUCAGAGUCGGAAAGAAAAUUGGCUGUGGCAAUUUUGGAGAGCUGCGGCUGGGGAAGAACCUCUACACCAACGAAUAUGUGGCCAUCAAAUUGGAACCAAUAAAGUCCCGGGCGCCACAGCUUCAUUUGGAAUAUAGAUUUUAUAAACAGUUGGGAAGUUCAGAGGGUAUUCCUCUGGUGUACUACUUUGGGCCGUGUGGGAAGUACAAUGCCAUGGUGCUGGAGCUACUGGGGCCCAGCCUGGAAGACCUGUUUGAUCUCUGUGACCGCACCUUCUCCCUCAAGACCGUCCUCAUGAUAGCCAUACAGUUGAUAACGCGGAUGGAAUUUGUCCACACAAAGAGCUUGAUAUACAGAGAUGUCAAGCCAGAGAACUUUUUGGUAGGGCGGCCGGGCAGCAAGAGGCAGCACACAAUCCACAUUAUCGACUUUGGGCUGGCCAAAGAAUACAUCGACCCUGAGACCAAAAAACACAUCCCGUACCGGGAGCACAAGAGCCUUACUGGCACGGCACGCUACAUGAGCAUCAACACACACCUGGGGAAAGAGCAAAGCAGGCGGGAUGACCUGGAGGCUCUGGGUCACAUGUUCAUGUACUUCCUGCGAGGCAGCCUUCCCUGGCAAGGCCUGAAGGCGGACACAUUGAAGGAGCGGUAUCAGAAGAUUGGAGAUACCAAGCGAACUACGCCAAUUGAAGUGCUUUGUGAAAGCUUCCCGGAAGAGAUGGCCACCUAUCUGCGCUACGUGAGGAGGCUGGACUUCUUUGAGAAACCUGAUUAUGACUACUUACGGAAACUCUUCACUGAACUGUUUGACAGGAACGGCUACGUCUUUGAUUAUGAAUAUGACUGGGUCGGCAAGCCACUUCCCACACCGGUAGGCCCCAUCCCCAGUGACACACUCGCUCAGCCCAGCAGAGACAAAGCACAACAGCAGACCAAAAACCAGUUGCCUGAUGCCAAAGGAGAUGAGGCUCAGCGUCAGCUGUCUCCAAUGACCAAUACGGAGACACUGGGGUCACAUCUCGUGGCCGAAAGGCUGGGGGGCUCUGUCCAGGUGAUGAGCUCGGCAAAUGGAGAGCUGAACACUGACGACCCGACGGCAGGACACUCCAACGCUCCCAUCACUGCUCCCACUGAGGUGGAGGUGGCUGAUGAUACAAAGUGCUGUUGUUUCUUCAAAAGGAGAAAGAGGAAAACCCUCCAGCGGCACAAGUGAAGUGAGGAGAAGACCUCGGAGGGAACUUGAAACAUUCUGGUCACUUUCAAGUUUUAAAUGGAAGCAACUACACAGAUCACCCAUCCUAUCUCCCUUUCCCAAUCUCUCUCUUUCUUUCCCUCUCUCUUCUCUAUCUCUCUCAGCGCUCUCCUGCUACAUGCGUGUAAAGGAAUGUUGUUGUCCUUCAGACUUUGUGGGCUUCACAACAGACUCUGGCUCCUAAAAGAAAAUAAAUAAAGAAACCGUUAAAGUACCUGCAUAAUAAAGAGAGAACGUUAAAAGCUGUAACAACGAAACGCGAAUACCGUGGCGUGAAUAUUAAAAAAAGAUACUGUUUGAAACAGUUGUUGUAUUCUAGAUUCCAUACAGAGCAUUUACUGAUCAACAGCCAUUGAUCUGAGGGAACUGUCAAUGAGUCGAGUGAAAGAAAUCUGUUCCAUAGAAAUAGUCCUUUAUUUGUGGGAUCAAGGUAAGAAGCAAGACUGAACUAUACUAAUGAUAACUCUGGAGUCACUGAGCGCAACAGGAAACACUUCAUCUAUACCAGAAUUGGAGGAUUUUUAUGUUUUGAGUUUAUUUUUUAUUUUUUAUUUUUUUAUCCUCUGUUGUUUUCAAAGUCAACUCCCUGGAUUGAAAACAAAUGUUUGUUGUAGUGUACUGGAAUUCAUUUAGGAUAUUUUUUUGCUCUGGCUUUCAUGUCUGUCAAUGUGGACUUUGUAGCACAGUCACUGGCCUCAGGUACUGUGGAAGAUUGAGAGAAACAGAUAUUAAGCUCUCUUCUUCUUAUUGCACUUUUGGAAACAAAAAGAAAGUGCAAUGGAAUUCUAGGUUUGAAAUUAACAAACAACAAAACAACUAAAGACUGAUCUAGGAAGAGUCCUAUACAAGGCUAACACUGACUGUACAAAACAUUAAGAACACCUUCCUAAUAUUGAGUUGUACCCCACAAUAAGGGCAUGUCAAAUUGGGUGCCAAUUUUGUCCUCAGAAUAAAUCCUUAUUUAACCUGUCUCCUCCCCUUCAUCUACACUGAUUUAAGUGGAUUUAACAAGUGACAUUAAUAAGGG